GUCAAACUUCUGCCUGAUGCUGGCCGUUCUCCGACAAACAUCAGGUCGUGUUUAUAUUGCUAUUUCUUUAUUUUCAUCAUCACCCGAAUGAUGGCAGCCCUACAAAAAAUCUUCAAUUUGCGCGCUCCUAUUGGUACCUUAGUGCGAGGUAUCAGCACCAGUGUACCAAGGUUCGAAAUCUUCAAAGUACAAACCCCGGAAGAGUUCAACGAAAAAGUUCGCAACAGCAAGGACCCGGUGAUAGUGGACUUCUUUGCAACCUGGUGUGCCCCAUGUCGCAUGUUAACACCCCGAAUCGAAACAGUAAUUGGCGAAAAUGCGGGCAAAAUAAAGCUGGCAAAGGUUGAUAUUGAUGAGCACACGGAUCUAGCGCUGGAUUAUGAAGUGGCGUCCGUCCCUGUACUGCUAGCGAUUCGCAACGGUAAAGUUGAACAGCGGUUGGUCGGUUUGCAGGAUACGGAUAAGCUGCGAACGUGGGUGCAGAAUGUGGUGGGAACCACUAAAUGAUGAUCCUGCUUAGGGUGGGUCCCCUGUAAGGAGGCUGUUAUAAUUUGUGCUCAUUUUCAUCAUCCAUUAGAUGGAUCAAGUGUGUUCCAUUUUCCCAGUAAGGAAAUGACUCUUCAUUGAUGUUUUUUUUUUUGUUACGGCAAAGUGUGUAAAGUGCGUUAGUUAGAAACCUUAUCUUUCCAUAGCCUGGAAUAAAGCGAUCGCAAAGUAUACUCGAAA